AGGGUGAGGAGAGGAAGGAGAGAGAUGGAACUAGACCGGUCUGCGGGGAAACGCGACAGUCUUGGUAGAGGGUAGGGGACAGGGUGGCGCCGGCUAAGAGGGUGGCCGGCUGGGGAGGAGUUAGUCUGGUGGGGAAGCUACUUCGUGGGCGGGGGCCUAAUGAAGCUAAGAGCCUCAGGUCGCCAGUAGGAAGGACCCCUUAGCAGUCCCUCCCCUCGGCCUUUUCCUACAUUACUGCUUCUCCCUGCUGGCCCCUGUGCGGUCAGCUCUUGUCACUGGCUGCCCACUGCGGCCUCGAGGGCCAGGACAGUGUCUUGGUAAUGUCCAGGGCUCCAGGAAGAGAUGUCCUUGUGGCUGGAGGCCUCAAUGCCUGAUGUUUCUCCUGAUUCUGCAACGGAGUUGUGGAAGACAGAACCUCAAGAUGCAGGAGACCAGGGAGGCAACACUUGCAUCCUCAGGGAGGAAGCCAGGAUGCCCCAAUCAACUGGGGGUGCUUUAGGGAUAGGGUUGGAGUCAGCAGAGCCUACAGCCCUGCUCCCCAGGGCAGAGACCCUCCCAGAGCCUACCGAGCUUCGUCCACAAAAGCGGAAAAAGGGGCCAGCCCCCAAAAUGCUGGGGAACGAGCUGUGCAGUGUCUGUGGGGACAAAGCCUCUGGCUUCCAUUACAACGUGCUGAGCUGUGAGGGCUGCAAGGGAUUCUUCCGCCGCAGUGUCAUCAAGGGAGCACGCUACGUCUGCCACAGCGGUGGCCACUGCCCCAUGGACACCUACAUGCGGCGGAAAUGCCAGGAGUGUCGACUUCGCAAAUGCCGCCAGGCAGGCAUGAGGGAGGAGUGUGUGCUGUCAGAAGAACAGAUCCGCUUGAAGAAACUGAAGCGGCAAGAAGAGGAACAGGCUCAAGCCACAUCGGUGUCCCCAAGGGUGUCCUCACCUCCACAAGUCCUGCCACAGCUCAGCCCAGAGCAGCUGGGCAUGAUCGAGAAGCUGGUGGCUGCCCAGCAACAGUGUAACAGGCGCUCCUUCUCGGACCGCCUGCGUGUCACGCCUUGGCCCAUUGCACCCGACCCUCAGAGCCGGGAAGCCCGCCAACAGCGCUUUGCCCACUUUACUGAGCUGGCCAUCGUGUCCGUGCAGGAGAUUGUUGACUUUGCCAAACAGCUCCCUGGCUUCCUACAGCUCAGCAGAGAGGACCAGAUCGCCUUGCUGAAGACCUCUGCGAUCGAGGUGAUGCUUCUGGAGACUUCACGGAGGUACAACCCCGACAGUGAGAGCAUUACCUUCCUCAAGGACUUCAGUUACAACCGGGAAGACUUUGCCAAAGCAGGGCUGCAGGUGGAGUUCAUCAACCCCAUCUUUGAGUUCUCCAGAGCCAUGAAUGAGCUGCAACUCAAUGAUGCUGAGUUUGCUCUGCUCAUUGCCAUCAGCAUCUUCUCUGCAGACCGGCCCAACGUGCAGGACCAGCUCCAGGUAGAGAGGCUGCAACACACAUAUGUGGAGGCCCUGCACGCCUACGUCUCCAUCAACCACCCCCACGACCCUCUGAUGUUCCCACGGAUGCUAAUGAAGCUGGUGAGCCUCCGGACUUUGAGCAGCGUCCAUUCAGAGCAAGUGUUUGCCCUUCGCCUGCAGGACAAAAAGCUUCCCCCUCUGCUGUCUGAGAUCUGGGAUGUCCACGAGUGACUGUUUCGCCGUGUCCUUUGUGUUGGCCACAUGGCAGAGGCUCAAUGACUGCUUCCCACGGGUGGAGCAGACUGAGAAGGGCAGACAUUCCUGGGAGCUGGGUGAAGGAGAGAGCCUUGCGUAGCAUUAAGGGAGAGUCAACAGGUUGGGUGUUUUCUGGCUGCUGGGCAGUUGGGAUCUAUUAACGUUGUAUACCAUCUGAAGACCUUGUUGACCCAACCAAAUAAACUAGCCAGGAGAGCCA